CCUCGCGCGGACGUGACGCGCGAUCAGCCGUGAACGCGUCUUCGACUACGAGGUGGAGGCCCCAUCUGCCGUCGUCACCCCACCGCCGCCCGGCUGUUCCCGCCGCAGAAUCAUCCUCCACUUCCGCCUGGCUUGGCAGCCACUCCUCUCAGCAGCCUCCGUUGAUACUUCCUCUCGCGCGCGUGUAUCUCGUCAGUCGGCCUGGAGCCACGUGCGUGUGCUUGCUCGAGUGGCUCCGGCGCGGGCGGCACGUCGGUCAGUGUCAUUUCGUGCCGAUGAAUCGCGCGAUCGGGCCGCAUCCUUGCCGCGCUUCCGCUGACGGAUGAACGUCCUUGCGCGGGACCACCGCAUCUCCCGAUUCAUUCGUCUUUAGAGUCGAUCGAGGAGGAAGCUGGUCGUAGAUAAUCCAACUUGCGGUGGAUUAAGAGAUGAAAUAAAAAGAUAUACGCGGGAUUGCAAUUACAGACGAGGAAACUGUCGACGAAGCUGAGGAGCAACGGAAGAGCAGCUUUCUUGAUUAAUCUGUGUCGAGACGUGUUCAGGCCGUGAGGCGCGAGGAACUAAAGAUGUUAAACGUUAGUCUGCGGAGAAAUGUGGCGCGAUAUUAAUGAGACGCUCGUACGUGUGCAACAAGUUCGAGAUCCAGUAACUCGCGAAGAACGCAAUCGCGCAUCGAAUACCGACUCAAAGGAAGACCGAAAUACCUCAUCGCGGGUUCAUCGAUCAAGCUUUACCGAGACGCGGCGUGAUUCGCCGCCGAUACGCCGGCGAAUACGCGGGAGAGUGCUUCGGGGAAGAACAAAGAUAUCACCGCGAGCUGAGAGCGACUAGGUAGCUCUCAAAGGUGAAGACAGACAGUCGGUUGGAAGUCGGGAGAACUAAAAAUAUCAGCCGGUUCCGCGGUCGGAACCCGACGGCGCGGCCCCGCCACGUCGUAUUCCACGCUGGACAAUUUUACCGGCUGGAGAGAAGAGACGAUAUCUUCAUGCGAGAGCCACGGCUCGCCUUUUAAUCUCGCGAACGGCGGCGAUUCGUGGUAAACGACUACCUAUCGGGCGCGAUCGUUAUUGCAACGAGCCCGCCGAUAGACCGGACAUUCACGCGAAACGCGAUCGCGCCGCGUAAUCUGCAGUGGGCUCGUCUCUUCGUCUACUACCACCAUUCCGUCGUCUGCUAUUGCUGUAAACUCGUUGAAGAUAACGUCGCGAGUGGCAGAUCGGGUGCGGACUUGGGACACAGUGUCAAGGCCAAGAGAGCCUAUCGUAUCUCGGGACGGACUCGACGACGUCGGUGGUGGCUCGACGGAGGACCGAGCCUCGGAGUCUACCCGGGCUCCUCCAGCGGCGGUAUUUCACGGCGCGGUUGUUUGAAAUUCUUCGCGUGGAGCCGCGGCUGUAUUUAUAGACCCGCGUGUGGCGGCGCGUAGGGCACGCGCGUACACGCGCGUAGCUCCCCUCGUCCUCCGCGCCGAGGGCGGGUAGGUGGGUAGGUAGAUUACGUGCCGGGACACGGCCGUCGAGCCCGAGCUACGUCGGGCCCACGUUCGCGGGAAGCGGGCGGCAACACGUCGCGAUCAUGACGCGAUGCGUCCGCGACGGGAACACCACCGGCCCGCCACGCAUCCGACGAACGCGUCCCCGUCGCCGUCGCACCGUCUACGCACGUCGCCCCGCUGGCUGCGAUCCGCCGCUCCACUUCCGGGCAUGAUCGCCGGCGAUGUCGCGACCCUUCGAGUCUUCGUCGUCUUGCUCGCCCUCGGUUACGCCCUCGCCGCCAGCAGCCCGAAUGAGGAGAAGACGUUUGUCUUGGGAGUUAAAGGCAAUGCAAGCUGCAUCCAUUCGAUUAAUCAGCCGUCUGCCGUAGAGCGUUUGCCAAAGAACAGAGCGACAAAACUGUCGCACUUCACAAGCUGGAGCGAAUGGUCGGUGUGCGAUCGACACUGCACGCAAAAUCGCGUCAGGAGGUGCCGAUCGAAGAAAGAUUGCGGGACCACUGUACUUAGGGAGGAACGUGGUUGCGAACAUAACAGAGAAGGUCGCCGAAGGCGAUGCAAGCAACGCCAACGUCGGAGACAUCGACGAAGAAACGAAAGGUUUCACGUAGUUCAAGCACCUAAAGAAGCAGAACCUAGGCAUGGAAAGCGGAAAGGCAAGAAUGCCAAGGAGCACUCUGGAAAGCACUACGGAAAAUGGAGUAAAUGGUCGCCUUGCACGAGGCUGUGCACUACCCAACGUCACAGAUGGUGCAGAAAGCCGGGCAUCUGCGGACGCGACGUGAUACGUGAGAGCGCCUAUUGCUACGUCGAAGGUAGCUUUUGCCAAAGAUGGAUCCAGCGAAAGAUUCGCGGUAGCCACGAAGAAGACGGCGAUGACUUGGUGCUGGACGAGUUCGAACUCAAUCCCAAUACCGUGGAUAGCUUCGCGCCGGAGAAAAAUGUGAACGUUUGGAAAUGUGGAGUGGCGAACACUCAUAAAGGAUCCAGACUAUCAUACUUCAUGCGAAUCAUCGGCGGACGUCCGGCGGCACCUGGGAGCUGGCCAUGGCAAGUGGCGGUGUUAAAUCGAUUUCGGGAAGCCUUUUGCGGUGGAACAUUGGUAUCCCCAAGGUGGGUAUUAACUGCCGCGCAUUGCAUUAGAAAACGCCUCUACGUUCGUAUUGGGGAGCACGAUUUAACGGAGAAAGAAGGCACAGAAUUAGAGCUUAGGGUGGACUCGGUGAUUAUCCACCCGGAGUACGAUGCCGAUACCGUUGAUAACGAUGUGGCUCUACUUCGUUUACCAGUUACCUUGACCCCGUCUUCCUCGAGGGGAAUCGCGUGUCUGCCUGCACCUAAGCAGCCCUUACCUACGAACCAGUAUUGCACCAUUAUCGGCUGGGGCAAGUCCAGUGUGACAGACGAUUUCGGAACGGAUGUGCUGCACGAAGUUAAAGUUCCAAUAGUGUCCUCCGAAAUCUGCCGAGAGGUCUAUGUGGAUUACAGAAUUACGGAUAACAUGUUCUGCGCGGGUUAUCGCCGCGGUAAGAUGGAUUCUUGCGCGGGUGAUAGCGGGGGACCUCUGCUCUGUAAAGAUCCUCGCAAGCCCGAUCAUCCAUGGACAAUCUUUGGUAUCACCAGUUUCGGCGAAGGCUGCGGCAAACGCGGCAAAUUCGGUAUAUAUGCCAGACUGUCCAAUUACGUGCGCUGGGUUACGAAGGUGAUGAAGCAGACGGACGAUUACACUUAGGAAACACAGCGCGUAUUAUAACUGUAAUUAGUGUUCACGCAUAAACGAGCAUAAAAGUGAAAAAUAUAGGCAAUCAAGAUGCAAAUUUCAAAUUUUAUAUCGAUAGAAAAAAAAAUUGCAGAACUAUACAUUUGAAAGCGCUAAAUAUAAAGCUAAUAAUGCUGCAGCCUGUUGUUAUAUCGCACGUUUUAUUUUCUUCAAAAAUAUUUGUAUCGUUUUAUAUAAGAAGUCAGGAAAUAAAAUAUAAUUUUCGCAAAAAUUAUCGCAGUCGAUUAUAUAUUUGUAUUCUUCUUUAUUUACCGUGUGGUAACGUGGCUUAUUGCGUGAGCAGUUGACUUAUACUCGGCGGAUUCUAGAUCCGAUUUCGAAUUUUAUCCCACAUAUACACUGGUCAAAAAAUUAACGCA